AUGCCGGCCGACCACAUCAACGGCACCUCAAAGACCACGCUCCAGCGUCCUCGCUAUAUACCUCCUUCCGCAUCUGGCGACGUCUCACUGCAUCAUCUCGGAACCCCCUCACGUCCUCGACAAUCCUCGUUCGGUGCUCACGCAGUAGGCUCGGCAGCUUCGCCCAUCCCUGAAGCGCCAUCACCUGCUAGAAUGCAGUCGAACCACAGCAUGUCCAGCCCAAGCAAUCCGCGUCGCCCACGCGUCUCCGCCUCGGCAUACCAGCGCUUCGAUGAAGUCGCUUGGAUCGUCGACCUCAGCUCACGCAUCGGCGACGCGCUCCAGUCACCAUCACAUCCCUCCGCACAAGUACCAGCUGCUGCAUCCCCAUCCUCAUCGUCCCUCCACAACCUGCCUCGCUCACGCAGUCGCGUCCGCCUUCCACGGCCCAGCAAGGAGUUUCGAGACCUUCAGCAACGUAUUCAGCUCAAUCGUGUGCCAUCUCCGGCUUCGGCCGCUCUGGACGCCGAUUCUACGCACGAUUCCUCCUUUGCCUCGGACGAUUCUCUGUCCGCAACCCAAUGGGCUGCGAAUGCUCAAUCUGACUUCGAGCGCCGCCGUACCGAACUCGAGCGCUCUCGUAGAGCAGUACUCGAGCGCAUGGCCAGCAGUCAAGACGCCGAGGCCGACUCUCAAUCGGAAGAGGCUGAUGCACUCGCUGCAUCGGAUCCAGCGGUACAACGUAGCCUGCUCGCUGCCAAGUCGCUCCAGGAGCUCAUGCGUGGCGGCGGCUUGCAACCCGAAGACCCACAAGUCGAGCACGCGGGCUUGGCAGACAUCCUCUCCAGCGCUGAGCCGCUCUCCAGCUCCGAACUUGAUCUUGGCCCCUCGGCGCUUUUCGAAGCCAACCGCGGAGCAGACGGCGCCCUCGAUAUCGAGUCCAUCCUCCAGCAACGCGCCAGAAUAGCCGCUCUCGAAGACCAACGCCAGCCGCACCCUUCCAGCUCGGACGUCGCUCCAAAGAAGCCGGUGAUCGAGGUUCUCCAAGCAGACACCGCCUUGCCCGGCUCCAGCGUCAGCCAGCGAGCGCUAGUCGAAUCCGACGAGAGCUCGUCAGGCUCCUCGGAUGAUUCCGUUAGCUCAAGCGACGCUUCUUCGUCAGAGUCCGGCUCGGAUGCUGACGCAGCCGACACUGACAACGCAUCAGCCGCGUCGAACCAGAUCCAGCAAGCCAGCCAGACAUCUUCAGCUCCACAGCCCAUGGACCAGAUCGCCAUCGUCAACGGCACAUUCACAAUCGUCCCAGAUCAGAGCGCCCAGACGCCCGCGGCCUUCGACCUCGCUGCGACAAGAGACGAUGUCGAGGACAGCGCUCAGUACACGUUCGAGGAGGAUGCCAAUCUGGACGAGGAAUUCGAAUCCGAAGCAUCUGAUGCUGAUGCUGCCUCAGACGAGCUUGACGACGACGAGGACAUGGUCGAUGAAGAUCCAUCCACCCUUCGAGACCGGUAUGCCAAUGCGAGUCCGCACGACUCGGUCUUUGAUGGCCCAGCUGGCGAUGCCGACGAACCUAUCGUGCUCUCCGACUCGGACGAGGGUAGUCAGUCCAGCGAUGAAGGCGACUCUGACGACGAUGAGCAGGUAGACGAUCAAGAGACGGUUGAGGCGCAAGAUUACAGCCUCGGCUCGCAAGAUCAACUCCUCGACGAGGCCCCCUCCGAGCAUUCCGACGAUUCUGACGCAGGCAGCGACUCGGGCUCUCAUGUGCUCGUUCACGACGACGAGAUCGACGGCGAGAGCUCCACUCAUCACCACUCGCAGCUUCUGGAUUCCAGCCAGGACGCCCAUCAAGGAGCUCAAGUCCAAAACCAUGCAGAGCCUGAGCUUGAGACACUCUCGGCUGAAGUCAUUCAACCUGACGAUCACAUCGCAGCAGACAUCACCAUGCACGACAGGGCGUCUCCAACUGAUGGCGACGGGCGUCUCUUCGACACUUAUCUGGCCGAGCCAGACAGCGAUGCCAUGCCGGAAAGUGAAGUUGAACCGGAAGAGGUUGACGAGGAUCUGCGCUGGUCAGAUCUCGACAACCAGCAGUCUUCCCACGAGGACAUCUCGUCUCCGCAUCCGCCCCAAUUCUCGUCCGUCAGCUCGGCUUUCCGCGCGCUGCAAGGGGCACAAGCUCUGCCCGGCUUCGUUACCGCCUCUCAGCUGCAGGCAAGUAUCGAGACGAUCGAAUCUCAAGCCCAGGACGCCGUGGAGCAGGCGUCUCCUGCGGCAAUCCACGCUGUUGAGCAAAUCGAUCCGCUUCUCAUGGAAGCUCUGGCCUCUGUGCCAAAUGACGAACGUCAAGAUCAGCCGGCUUCGAAGCAAGAGGACUCGGACGGUGCCGACGGCGCUGUGGCUGCUCAUGACGCAGAAUCGUCGGACACAUCUCCCAAGCUCGACGUUCCAUCAGUUCCAGUGGACGUUGACACAGUCGAGGUUGACGGCGCCAUCUCCGCGAAUCCACCGAGCGCCAGCCAUGGGACUACAGAUCAGGUCGUCGUUCAAGACAAGUCCCAGCAACUCAUGCACGAUGACGAAGGGCGCCAAGACUUGACAGACGAGAAGGAGGAGGAUACUGCCGCCGACGCGAACCGAAGUGUUGCCUCGCGAUCAGAUCUAAUCGAGGUGGCUCAAGAUGGUGCAGACGACAUCAGACCGGCACCGCUUGUUCUGGCCGAGGCCGAUGACGAAAAGUCAUCUCCCGCAGCCGAGGCCCGCGAAGACCCAAUUGCAGUCGAAGAGGCAGACACCAUCGUGAGCGCGACCACGGCUCCUGUCAGCGCACCGGCUGAAGCUUCGAUCGGCAGCGCCUCUGAGCCGGCCAAACCGACCCUCGUGCGCAUCGAAAGCACAGACGUCUUGGAGGCGGACGUCGAGGACAAUAGCGAGGAGGAAGUCGUCGAGCAACCGAUCCUCAUCGAGCCCGCAAAGGUGUCCGCUCCUUCCCCAUUGCUUACACCUGCUCUCGACACGGGUGUGAAGUCUGACUCCGGGGAAGCCCUUGGCAGUGCGAUCAUGCCGGACGAAGACGUUGCCAUCGACGGCAGCGGCAAGACCGACGUCCCUUUUUCUCAAGACGAUGUCAACCAGCCAGCCAUCCGCGUCGCGACGGAUGACGAAGGCAUUCUCAGCGGAGAUCUUGCUGACCGCGACACUUCGGUCGAGCGUCAGACUGCGCCGUUAGGUGCGGACUCGGCGGACCAGACCAUGGAUGAUGCACUCGCAGAUGAAAAGCGGACCGACGAUGAGCUCGGCGCUUCGUCUAGCGUCCCUGCGAAGCGUAAAGCCAGGGCAGAGUCCGACACGGCCGAGCAGCAUCCUGACGCCGAACAGUCGUCUCUACCCAAUUUGGACGGCGAUGACUCCGAACGGGUCGAGACAGCUCCACACAAGAAGGCAAAGCUGGAGACCGACGCCGGCGAUGUUUCCAACGAGCUGCCAGCCGUGUCGGGCUCCGGAGAGGCACAGAAGCCCAGCAACCUAUCGCCCUUGGUCAUGCCGAAGAUCCCUGCGACAUCCCGAGUGCCCCCAUCGCCUGCCUCAUCGGACCGCCGAUCAGUCUCAAGCUUCACUCCCUCUGCCAACCGCCACGGUCACCGACACCUUCACGGAGCUGCCAAGCGCAACCUGCUCAGCCAAAUGACCGAAGCCGCUUCCACUCUGGCCAGCAACCUCGCCGCUCCCCUUCGUGCGCUGCCGUCGUUACUGCCGAUCCGCGAGAGUCCGGCUGCUGAGGGACAGCAAGUCCAAGGCACUGAUGAGGCAAUCGACGUCGGCGCGGACCAAGGAGAGCACAAGAGCUCAAUUCCAGACGAGGAUCCGGCAUCGAGCCCGAUCGCACGAUCUGAGCCUGCCAAGUUCACCAUCACGACCCGGUCACAUUGUCUGUACAGACGUCUGCAAUUGUCGGGCGUGACCGGUUCCCCGGUCUUCCUUGUCCCUGGUUGCUCAAUUAACCACGAGGACGCUCGUGACGAGCACGCUCAGGACCUGGGCGAAGCCUCUGAACAGAACUCGGACGACUGGGUCGAUGUGGAUCCCGAUUUCCUUCCGCUCGAGGUGCAUCACAUGCUGAGCCGUAUCGUCGGUCUCCAAAUCCUCCGCGAGGGUAUAUUUGCAGAGCCCAACUCCGCCGCCGCCGAACUGGUGGCUGCGAGUUACGACUUCGACAUGGAUCUGCAACAAACCGCGGACGAUGAGCAAGGCUCUCCGAAAGCAUUCGCGGUUGAUCAGGACAACCCGAUGGAGGCCACACCCAUCGAUGAUCUGCCUCACCCAGUACCCGGAACUCCUCCACGGGCCAGUCAGCACAUCAAAGUCUCAGAAUCGACGCGCAAGGCUGCCACAGCUUCGCCACAGCGUCGUUCGCCUCGACGUUCCGAUCCGUCGAAUGCCGAUGCCAACUACCUACCCGAAGAUGAGAGGAAGAGCUUGCAGCGGGAAAGACACUCGACAGCCGCCGCUCCAGGCGACGUGUCCAUCGCCUCUCUUGAGGAGCACGUCGACGAGGAAGCGCGCGACUCUGGCGAUCCUGAUGAUCUGCAUCUGCAUCAGGGCGACGAUGACGCUGGUGGAAACGGAGAAGCGACUGAUUCGACUUCAGGCACUGCGCCGGUUCCGAUCGCCUCUCAAGCCAAGAAGAGACGGGGCCGGCCUAGGAAAAGCGCAGCUGCGGCUACGGACACGGGGAACACAGCUCCCGAAGCGGACAAGGUCCUAAUACCGAAGGCGUUGGCUCGAGGACGAGGCGGACGCCAGCGGACCGAAUCAGGAGAUCAUCGCAAUGCUGGAAACGCCGAUGACGCUGGCGACGAAUCGAGGGAGCCUGGAGUCAACCAGGAGGCUGCUGAAACCAUUGCCGCUUCGCGUCCUCGGAGAAGUGGUCGAGUCCGUCAAGAUCAAGAGGAAGCAGAAUUGCUUGAUCCUCAGGAUAAGAAGCCGGACCAGGUUGAGGUCGAAUCCGACAAGCUCGAGGCUCAGAGAGACGAAACGCCGCCGCAGGCCGAGGCUGACUCUGAAAAGCCUUUGACACCUGCACGCAAACGCAAGCGAGUGCCGAAAGCAUCGUCUAGCCAAGUAUCUGCAGCGGAAGCCGACAAGUCCGAAGAGAAGGAUCAAGUCGCGGAUGCCAAGCAACCCCGCCGAAGUCGUCGGUCGCAAGGAGGCAAUCGGGCUCCGAGCACGAGUCCUACCAAGACGACGCCUCGCAAGUCGCCAAAGCGUAAGGUGCUCAAACUCAAUUAG